AUGAUUUUCAGACUUCUGAGAUCUCACAGUGAGAGACAGUUUCACCUUGCUGCAGUGAGGACAAUGCCAGCUCAUGAUGCAGAGUUCAAUCAGGCUAAAAACCUCAAGACUCUCAGUGAGGACCCAGGCAAUCAGGUUAAGCUGAAGAUGUAUGGUCUCUUCAAGCAGGCCACUGUCGGCAAAUGUAAUGCACCAAAGCCUGGAAUGAUGGACUUGGUUGGAAAAGCAAAAUGGCAGAGCUGGAAUGAGCUUGGUGAUAUGUCACAGGAUGAUGCACAGAAAGCCUACAUCAAUGUAGUAGAGUCUCUAGUGGCUGAAGAGAAAGGGUCUUCCUCAGCAGAGGCCAGUGGAGAUGGAGGGAAGUACACACAGAUCAAAGUGACUCGAGAAGGCAAAGUCUUCAAGAUCCUGUUAAACAGACCUACCAAGAAAAAUGCUAUCAAUUAUGAGAUGUACAGAGAAUGGAUUGAUGCUCUCAAGGAGGCCAGUCAGGAUAAAAGUGUGACAAUAGCUGUUGUGACUGGUGCUGGAGACUAUUUCUGUAGUGGUAAUGACCUGGCUAACUUUGCAAACAUCAAACCCAGUGAUGUUGGCAAGAUGGCACUGGAUGCCAGAGAGAUACUCAAUGAAUUUGUUGGGACAUUCAUAGAUUUCCCGAAGCCAUUGAUUGGUUUGAUUAAUGGCCCUGCAGUUGGUAUUUCUGUCACCACACUUGGGCUGUAUGAUGCAGUCUAUGCCUCGUCUAGGGCAACAUUCCAUACUCCUUUCACUGUGCUGGGUCAGUCACCUGAGGGAUGCUCAUCUUAUAUGUUUCCAAAGCUCAUGGGAGCAGCAAAGGCCAGUGAGGUGUUGUUGUUCAACAGAAAAUUGACAGCUCCGGAGGCAAAAGAGAGAAAUCUCAUCACUAACAUUAUCCCGGAAAAUUCUUUCCAGAAGGAGACAGAUACAUUGAUUCAGGAGUACUCAAAGUUGCCACCAAAGAGUAUGACCACCUCCAAGAACCUGAUGCGUGAAGUUGAGCGACAGAAGUUGCAUGAUGUCAAUGAUAAGGAGUGUGACCUGCUGGUGGAGAGAUGGCAGUCUGACGAGUGUAUGAAUGCUAUCAUGGCCUUCUUCACAAGGAAGUCCAACCUGUAAACCUGAGUGUGGCCGAGCCAGGAAACAAGAAAGUCUAGAAUAUAUACUGCUUACAUUUUGAUAAGGAUAUAUCAAUACAGGCAGAAGUCUGGGGAUUGAUUGCUUUGAGAUGUUAUCUUAUGGAUAGUAAUUCAUGUUGCUUGCAUUUUCAACAUUUCAAGCUGAAGGGGCGGUGGGUAGCCCAGUUCAUAAAGUGUAUGCUCAUAAGGACCUGGGUUUGAUUCCCCAUGUGAGUACAAUUUGUGAAGCCUUUUGCUGUAGUCCUAUUGCAAGAAAGAAACCUGCAUCAUACCAAGCUCAGUGAAUUGGAGAUAAUUAACAAUACACAAAAGAGUGACCUCUGAGCUUAGCAACAGAGACAUGUUGUAUCCUUAUCAAAAGCUGAGUAGCACAUAACAGGUGUAACUGUACUUGAGUGUGAUUCUGUGAACGUGUUUAUAUAGUUAUUCCUAUGCAUGGGGUUUCAUUUUCAGGGGUAUAUGAUCUAAUGGAGAGGUGCAUGAAUAUGCUCAAAUGUUUGUUAAUGAAUAUAUUUUUGUCAUCUGGGACAUGAUAGGACACUGUUUUAACAGUAAGAUCAGACAAACCUUGUGUUUUAGUUGGUGCAGUUAUUCCUUGUAUGAAUGCUAACAUAUUUCAUCUUUCAUGACAAUCUUUGUAUUUGUGGUCUGUGUGGAAUCCCACCUGCUGCCAUGAGUUUGUUCGAGUCUCCUGUUAUUACAGAAUGAAAAUAACAUUAAGUGUAUUAUGGUGUAUAUUAAACCAUGGUUGUAUUCA